UUCAAUUGGUGUGAAUAUAACAUUUGCCAGUUCUAGCAAUUAUAUCAAUGGUAUAUUUAUUAGAUAAGGCCGACAUAUGUAAGGACAGACAGUUUCAGAGACGUCGGUUAGAGCACCGGCCUAUCAGAUUGGGCGUCGAGUUUGCCUACUAUUUUGAUUCAUGCAGUCUUACCGAUAAAAUUAUCGAUACCGACGGCAAUGCUUCACUGGAACCGACCGAUGAAAUUGUUGAACUAAAUGGACAAUUGAUUGAAUCGUUAGACCAUUUCAUCCAAUUGCUUGACCAGUGCCCAGACAAUCAACCGGUUAGUCUAACAGUAUUAUCCAUAGAGGAUAGCCAACUGUCCCAACCAACCAAAAUCGUACGAUUGAUGCCAACUAAUGGACUGACCAGUGUUUAGGACACACACCCGACCACCCGAUAAUAUA